AUGGGAGGCACGCAAACAGGAAAAAAGAAGCAUCGACCAACGCUUAAAAGCUGGAAAAAGGCCAGGAAAGCUUCCAACAGUGUGAUAAUGCCGCCAAUUCCACCAACAAGAUCUUCAAGGCCCAACACUGACGAAGUCAGGACCACCAACAAAGCCCAAGCGACUGGUGCUGCUACCAACACCAAAAAUCAUGCGGCAGUUAUCAGAGACGUUCAGAGAAAGGAUCUCAACAGAGCACAAUAUUGUGAUCCUAAUACUGUGUUUGCUCCAAGCGCCAUGAGGCAAUACUCAUGGCUGAAGCAACAGCGUUCUGCUGUGGGCCAGACGAAUGCUACUGGGACAAACAGUAUGAGUGCCUCUGGCAGCACCAAUCGAUAG